GUUAGGGUUAUUGCUCUUGAACUCAUGCCACCCAUCCGCGAUAAAUUCACGAUCCACUCGAGGGCGGUGGUCUGCCAAGAUGUUGAGUUAAAGGGAGACAUCACUAUCGGACCUGGCACGGUCGUACACCCCAAAGCCACCAUUUUCGCAAUAGCCGGUCCCAUUGUAAUUGGCUCAGGUUGCAUCAUCGAAGAGGCCGCCAUAAUAGUCAAUCGCCGCAAAGAAGUGAUGAGAGUCGGUGACAACAAUUUGUUCGAGAUUGGCUGUCGCGUCGAAUGUCCAUCCGUUGGCAACUUCAACACUAUAUCGACGCGUGCGCGCGUCCACCAUACUGUACGAAUAACAAAUUACUGUGUCAUCGGUGCUGCAUGCCUCGUGGUUCCUACAGACGACGAGACCCUCGACGACUACACGUCCAUCUUCGGACCCGCUGCAGAAAGAAGGACUUGGAGUGGAAGGGGACGGAUUCAAGAGGCUGAUUUGAGGUUGAAGCAUGCAGAGUACCUUCGUGAGAUGCUACCGAAGUUCAAUCGACUACGGAGGGGAGAUGGCGCCUGACGUCUUGGUGCACGUUUUUUUAUUACCUCUGCCUCGGACUGACAGGGCACUGGUUGUGCGUGUUGGAGGGUCAUCGGGUACGUUCGCUAUUGUACGGGCAUCAGCGAAUUCGGUAGGUGGAUCCACUACACAUAAUCGCCUGUCAUUUUCAAGAUAAUGACCUACGUUGGAAUGACAUGUAUGAUGACAUGGAGAAUGACCGAGGCGACAGAGAUCACCGCUGUCAUUUUCCAUGGCUUGCUUCCAUGUGGUCUAUGUGUGAAAGCAUUCCUAUGCUGCACACCGGAUGGGC